AUGGCAGUGUUCCACACCCACGCCGUGGCUGGAAGCUUGGGCGGCAUUCUUACUGGAUUCUUCGCCAACCCGAAACUUAACCGGCUUUUCUACAUGGUCCCAGAAUGGCAACAUUACAUAGGCCUAUCUUAUGGCCUCCACAGUGGCCAAGUCAAGGCUGGGUUUAAGCAGAUGGGUGUUCAAUUGCUAGGAAUUGUAUUUGUUGUUACGUUGAAUGUUAUUAUGACCAGCCUGAUUUGCUUGUUGAUUAGGCUUGCGGUUCCGCUUAGAUUGAGUGAAGAGGAAUUGCUUAAUGGGGAUGAUGCGGUACAUGGUGAGGAAGCGUAUGCGCUGUGGGGUGAUGGAGAGAAGUUUGAGUCCUCCCGCUACACCUCCACUUAUGGCGUGGAGGAGGUUCCGGGUUCGAGAACCAACCGCGAUGGGCCAAUGAUGGGGCCUGAUGAGGACAAUGACUUUAAUGUACUCGGUCAUUCAUCUUAA